AACCGUGUUCUCAUUUUCUCCUCCACUCUCCCUCUAGGUUUCCUGGGAAACAAACACAUCAUACCAAUACCAAAAUUUACGAAUCCGCCUAACUGAAUUGCAUCAAUCUAACUCAUCAAUUAGCAGGCAUUCGUUAACACCCAAAUCGAAAUCCCCAAUUGAUUUUUUUUUUUUUAAUCUGUUUUCGGGGAGGUUUUUUAUAGUUGUUCUAGUUUUUGUUUUUUCAAAAUGCUUGUGAAAUCCUGAAGCAUGAUAGCUUCUGUGGAGAAGAAUGACGGCUUCUUCCUUGUGGAGCGAAGAUGCGAAUGUGCCAUCAACAUCAAGCUCGCCGCCGCAGCAGCAGCAGCAUCCGCUACGUUGUUCUCAAACAAGGUCGUGCGGGCACAGGUUUGGGAUAUUUUCCAAUCUUGGCUUCUUUGUUUUGGCGAAUUUGAUUUGAAUUUAUGGAAGAUUUGAGGAGUUUUGUGAUGUUUGAGAUCUGGAUUUCGGUGAAAAUGGGAGAAUUUGGAUUAAUCUCGGUUUAAUUUUAGAGAUUAUGAUGGAUGUUAGCUGCCUGUUUUUCUCAAGUUGAAUAAAAAAUUGGAUUUAAUUAAGUUUAGUGUAUAGUUUUUGCUUAUGGAUUUGUUCCAGUGCUUGAUUUGUGGUGUUUUAUGGUGUUCUAUUUGAUAACUUGCUAACAAUUUUGUUUAGGACUGGGGUUUUUGAUUAAUUUUUGAAUCAGUAUAGGAUUUUGCUUUCAAAUAUUCAUUAAGCUCUUCUAGUUUUCAUCUCAUGAAAUUUCAAUCAAUCAAGAUAAAACAGUGCU